AUGUCUUCCAGAAUCGACACCAUCUUGAUCAUUGGCGCCGCCACCGGCAUCGGCGAGUCCCUGGCUCAUCGGUUCCACGCCCUGGGUAAGAAGGUUAUUGCUACCGGGCGCGAGCAGAGCAGAGAGGCAUUGGCACAGCUUGCCCGAGACCUUCCAGGCCUCAAGUUCCGCGUGUGGGACUUGGCGGAUCUAGGAAAGAUGCGACAAGAGGUCGAAAGCAUCCUGUCAGAGUUCCCUAACCUUGAUACCGUCCUUGUCAACGCCGGCAUCCAGAACCACUAUGACAUGUUUAUGCAGCCGCCCGAUGACGCCGAAGUCAUCAGGGAAAUGACACUCAACCUCACGGCGCCGAUACUCGCCGCGCAUUACUUUGCGCCGCAUCUCCUUGCCCUGGCAAGGUCCGGCACCAAAACGAACAUGUUCCUCACCAGCUCAUCCCUGGCGUACUUCCCGGUGCCCUUCUACCCGACCUACUGCCCCUCCAAGGCCGGCGUCGCCGCCUUCGUCAAGGUCCUGCGCAUGCAGCUGCAGGCCACUGGCUGCACCAACAUGAACGUCGUCGAGAUCGUGCCCCCCUACGUCGACACCUCCCUGAACGCCGCGCACCGCGCUCAGACGGAUGCGCUUCAGGGAGGCAGCGACAAGGCGGUCCAGCCCAUGCCGCUCGAGGAAUACAUUGAACGGUUCUUUGCUGCCCUGGAAGAGACGGCACCGGACGGCUCUCUGAAGAACGAAAUCGGCGUUGGUUUCGGUGCUCAAGGGGCCGCGGUCUGGAAUGAUGGCUUCAGGAAGUUGCUCACGGGGUCCGGCAUGUCAGAGUAG